UCUCUUGCUCAUUUCUCUCUGUGCCGGCUUUCCGUGUACUUUCUGCUUUCCUACCCUUGCUGCUGGCUCUGCUCCAGCAUCCCUCUGUGCCUCAUGCGUGCUCUCCUCCACCCGUCCUACAGCUUAUGUUCCCCCCAGUGAGGUUUGCUGGCCAGGCUGCUUCUCUAGCUGUUGCUGCUGCUGGAGCACAGGGGGCUACUUGAUACUGCACUGUUAAGGCGCUGCUGCCGCCGCUCUGCCUCACGUCUCAUUUCUGCCUGUUCCCUCACAGUGUGAUUUCUUGGAUUUUCAGCCCUCCCGACCAGCGGCAGAGGACAGAGAGGAGGGAGGGGAACAGACAGAGUCUCCUCGUUCUACUACUGCAUUGUCCCGCCUGUCUUUUUCUUUUCCCUGGCUGCUGGAGAACAACUGGACAGAGGAGAGCUCUUCUCUUCAGUGCUUCCCAUCUCUGCUCAUUCCUGGGACAGGGUGCAGGGGAGGAGGAAAGAAGGAGGGACUGCAAACAGGAGUCCAGACUCUUGCUCUUAGCUGCACAGCUCAGUGUCCCACCUUGUUCUAGAGGCACAUAAGUCCAACACAAAACCUAUCACUGGUGGACAAGAAGGCAGCUUGUCAAGGACAUACACUGUGGGCUUACAGAGGAACAGACGGGACCACAGUCAGACAGGCAGGUGGUGUCGGUGUCAUGGCGUCAGUGGACAGCACCGGUUUGAGUGUCUCUGGUCGGCUGCGAUCAGGGGAUCUGCUCCACAUUGGUCUUAUACUUGUGCUACUGCUUGGUGCUUGGGGAGUUGGUGGAUUGGAGGUUUCCACGGGUAAAGUUUCCUCAAUAGAAGCAAUGAAUGGCUCCACAGUUCUGCUGCCCUGCACUUACUCAUCUUGCAUUGGCAUCAAAAACCUCUACUUCAACUGGAAAUACAAUGACAAUGGAACUUUUUUAAAGUUGUGUGAAGCAGAGAUUCCCACGGAGAAAGUGGAGCCAAAGGUCCAUGUUUUCCAUGAACGUGUUGAGUUUGUUGGCUCCUCAAAGACAAACAACAUCUCUAUCUUGUUGUGGAACAUAACUUUUGAGGAUGAAGGAGAAUACACCUGUUUUGCCAGAAACCCAAAAGAGAAGAAUCGCAACCACAGUGCUAUCUUCACGCUUAUAGUGGUCGACCAAAUGAAGGAGGUCGACAAUACAUUGACAGUCAUUAUUGUCUCAGUUCUGGGUGGAGUCAUUGGUUUAGUUAUCCUCAUCAUGGUAAUAAAGGCAGUGGUCCUUCAUGUUCUACACAAGGGUAAUGAGAAGACUAAAGAGUGCCUGGUGAGCUCCUCAGGGAACGACAAUACAGAAAAUGGACUUUCAGGAGCCAAAGCUGACAACAAAGCUACACCAAAGGCUUAAGUGUAAUGUAAUGAUUGUAUGUUUGUAAAUAUGUUAGAGGAUUAUACAUGCUGAAAGAAAAAUGCUCUUAUCAAUGGACUGUUUUAUCCUACUAGAAUCUAAAUAAUGCAACUUCUGAAUAUCUAUUUUAAAUUGUGCUUGAGAUUUGGGUAGUGUAGACUGUGCAAGAAGCUGGAUCACUCUGUAUCUAUUGUGAAAGCCCAAUAGGCACACAGUGUGCUGCCUGCUCUAUAACUCAUCUGUAUAUUAAUGAAUCCAAAGUUUGAGAGGUUUUAGUUAUGGUUGUCUGUAAUUGUAGAAUUGCCCAUUCCAUUACUACUUUAAUCCACUACAUCUUAAGCUAGUAAUCUGUUUAAAUUAUCAUCAUUUAUAUUAUCACAUUAUAGCCACAGACAUGGAUUAAACUGUUAGUUUGAAUUUAUACCUUUUAAUUUAAAUUCAUACUUGAAUCCAGACAAAACUAACCAACACAGUCCACAAAUCUGCUGGUGUUUAAUCUAUAAGUCAUAAAUAAGAAGAAACCUUUCUCAAUCAUUAGCAAAAAUAAUAAAAUGAAGCGAUACAUAUACAUUACUGCCAUAAAUGUUGUUAGCAUUAACAACUUGAUAUUUUGCAACUGACUGAGAGUUUGAAACCAUAACUUACUGUGCCAGUGAGUAAUGGUGCAACUGCACAUUUCACUUCUGUUUUUCAUGUUUACAACCAGGGGCAGGCGAGAUCCACAUUGAUUUGCUUCACUAAUGAGAGUGAAAGAUUGACAGUAUAUCUGGCUAAUCACUGUGGACAGCUCUUCUCGUGGGACAGAAUGAUCCAGUUGAGCACAGCUUUUAAGGUUUUGGUUUGGAUAAACACUGGUGCCUGUUCUGCUUUUGCUCCCUCUGCUGAUGGGAGGAUAAAACUCAUUAGCGUCAUAAAAUUCCCCAAACCCUCCAAGACAAUCCUGAGAGUACCAUGCUCCCCAUAGAGGCGAAUGAAUUUAAUCCUGCUGCAUCUAAUACUCAAUGCAAUUUUGGCAUGUGUGCAUUUUGUAUAUUCUCACAUGAGCGUAUGCUGCACCAUUACACACCAACAAUAGUUUGUGCCUCAUUUAGCAUUUCCAAAACCGGCUUAAUUGCUGAAAUAAACACUUUACACUAAUUUAGGGUUAUUUAAAUUGUGAGAAGUCACUUACCCCCCAUUUCUGUAAAACAUCAGCCUACUGGAGGAGUGUAAGAUGUUAUUUUGGUUAGUUGAUCUACAUUUUUUCAGUCUGGAUUCCAGCUUUAACCCUCAAAGAAAACCUAAACAAAACAUCUUUGAAAUACAUUGCACAGCAGAAAUUAUUAUUGAAAUUCCAGUAAAAAGAAGGUCACUGAAAAACAAUCUUAAAACUAUCAAGUCAUACAGUUUAAACAUAGUUAUUGUUCCCGUUUCAUGGAGUUAUAUAAACUUUUUUUAUGUUUUGAAAGGAAUUUAUAAUCAUACCACAGGGCCUGUGGGUGGUUUACUAAGAAAAAAUAACAUUCUAUUUAGAGUUGACACAUUAACAGAAGCAAGAUAGCAAGAUGUCCAUGAGAGUAUGUGGUACCUGAUGUGCACCAGAUACUUUCUCGUUCGCACCAGAUAGGGGAGCCCCAGUAGGAGCUUCUUAAAGAGACAGAAGCCAAUUUCAAGGUGUCAGAUUGUAAAGUCAAAUUUCUUUUAAGUCAUGUUUGAUAUAUACAGCAUUUUUAUAACAACUGAAGGUAACACAUUUACUUGAUUGUGCUAUAAAAUGUUACUAUAUGCCUGGAGAGUACAUAAUAAAAGACAAUAACAGAAUAGAGAAAAUUUGGGCUACAACUGUCACCAUAAAUACUAAAUUAUUUUUGUACAGUUUCACUGAUUCGAGUAAAUGUAAAUAAGCAUAAGCACAGACGGGUGAGUUGGAGAAGAAAGCAAUUACACUUUUCAGUUUUGCAAGUUUUUAGUUUUUUAUUAUCCAGCUUGAAAAUUGUUUUAUUUUUAUAAAUAAUUUUGGUAGAGUGACAUGUAAUCUAUAAAUAUAGUAAGAAUGCAAUAACCAAAGUACAUGAUGCACUUUCUGUAUAUUAUUUAAAUCAGAGGAGGUGGCUCCACUGUAGGCUACAUCAAAACUUGGUAUACGUUUGACAAAAGUCUUGUAGUAGAGUGGCUGUCCUCUCUUAGUUUACUGGGUGUGAAAUUUUAGUCAUUCAAUGUUUACAGUAUUUACACAAAAAUUUGAAACACGGUCUAAUCACUUUUAUUAAUAACAAAAAAUAACAAGUACAAUGUAUCCUCUUCUAAAAAAUAAUACAACAUAUUGGUAGUUAAGGUUUA